AUUUUUUUUCGUUUUUAUGCAUUCAUGAUUCGUUAUCAUGCUCAUUAUUUUUCUUGCAAACUUUCAAUAUUUUGAAUAAUUUUUGAUCUACAAAAUUUUUCUAAUACCAUAUGGAAGACUUUUAUGUUGUGCAUUUCAAAUUUCAGUACAAAUACACGUAAUAAAACAAUAAAAAUGUGUGUCAUGCCAAAAAACAAAUCCUGUUGUUUUGGGAACGCAGAAAAACGUUACUUUAUGUUAUGAAUAGUUACAAAUUAAAAUUAAAUAAUCACACGUACACUGUUUGGUGGAAAAUGUGGGUACCUAGUGAAUGGAUAACAGAAGAAGAUGUUUUAAUGGACCUUCUCCAGUUGGCAGAAUUUGAUGUACCUUCGCCUAGAUCUGGAUGCAGGGUUCCUGAAACAAUAAUACAGUACAAGAAACAAAUGGCAGAAAACAAACAGCGGACGUUAAAUAGUGACAUUGAUGAAAGUGCAUGUUAUAUUGUAAGUGGACGAGGUCGAGGUAUAAGGGACCGAAUAAUCCGUCCAGGAGGAAUAAUAGAUUCACAUCCUUCUGAUGAAGCGGAAUUGAAAAAACAAAUACGACAGGUGUCAGGGUUUGGUUAUUCAAAUGAAUUAAUUGAACAAUCUAUAAAAGCAAAAGGUUAUGAGCCAGAGAAAUACAUGGAUUUUAAGGUAGUGCCUGUGUCUUCAAAUAGUAGCAACCCAUCAGAUACUACCCUCACCAAAAAAAAAAAAUUGUAGAAAUUUCAAAUAUUCAUAUUAGAGCAGUAAAUUAAUUUGUGCAAUGUAAA